ACGUGAAAAUAAUGAACAACUCCUUAUUGUUUGAAUUAUUCGCCGGUUUUUUUUAAAAUAAGUUUCAGGUGGAAUUACUUGAAAUACGGCUUUCAAACAGUGCCCGACUGUUUUAAAAAGUCAACUACGAUCUAUCUAAAAAAAUUGGUACAGGUAAGACCACUGAAGAAAGGACAAGAAGCAGCCAAUUCCGAGAACUGAAAUCGUCUAAUAGUGCUAAUAGAAGAAAGCAAAGGGGUGAAAGUUCAAUGAUCCUCGGGAUCUGGCAGGAAAGCUGAAGGAACGGUCAUAAAUUAUAAUGGAGAUGUACCCGAUGCACCCAAAAUACAAGGCUUCGACUGGAAAUAGUACAGAACCUGAUGAUUUCCGUUUCAAGGCAGCAUUCCUAAAGGUCGACGCAAGUUGCAGUGCUUACUUGGGAGGAGCAUUGGAUGGAGAACUUAGCGAUGGUUUACAUAAAGGUUCUUCAGGUGAUGGAUAUGGCCAAUCGUAUCAAAUCUACGCACUCAAUCAGGCCGAGAUCUUGACCAUCAGUUUUGACAGUAGGAAUACUAGAGAAAACUCCAAUCGGCAAGGACAACAAAAUUCGCACUGCGAUGGGUGAUGCAUAGUUCAUGUUUAUACAUA